AUGACUGAAAGUUUUAUGAUAGUAGAUGGAGAGGAAAGACCUUGUUCGAGCGGUGUCUCCAUGCCUGCAGACGAUGAGGCACUAAAAGACGAUGCAAGCAAUGAUGAACAGUACGAGCCUGAAGGUGAUGUCACGGAUGGCCCGAUCUACAUUCCAUCAGUAUGUGCGCCACGUUCUUCGGAUCAGCAGUCAACGAAUGUGGUGGUCGACGAAGGUCUGGGAAAAUGUGAUGGGAAUGAUGAGGAGGAUGAAAAGGGUAAGGUAUUGAGAGGGCUGUUGAAGCGUGAAGCAACUCAUCUUGGUGGUGUGGGCUUGAUGCUGGAUCGUCUGCGGAAUCCACAGCCAAAAAGACGUAUUGUUCUGGGUGGUGUGCUCACAAAUAAUCAUCGUUUGUUAGCACCAAUUCGCACGCCUCAUCAUCUAUCGAUGGCAAUGGAUGACUUGUUUAAAAUGGAACCAGCUCAACAACAGCAAACAAUACGUGAAGUAAGACGUGUUAUGCGUUCAAAAAUGUAUCGCUGUAAACGAUGUAAAAAUCGUUUCAUCGAAAGGAAUCUUUACGAAAGGCAUUUGCGUGAUCGCCAUUUGAGUGAUUAUGAGGAUUACAUGCGUGAACAAGAAGCUGAAAUGGAACAACAAAGGCAAGAAGAACUAGAAGCGAAUCGAAUUGAAGAAUUACAAACCGGUGGUUUCAUUCCACCAGCCAACGAUAUCAAUGCUGAAAAAUUUCCAGUUGAUGUUGAUAAGAUACCUCUACCUGGUGAAUUGAAUGGUGGUAUAGCACCACGUUUCGAUACAUUCGGCGGAUUAAAAUCAGUUCGACGACCGUAUCGUAAAAAGAUCUCACCACAGUGUCCGUUUUGCGAUAAACGUUUUCGAAAUGAAUUUUCAUUGAAGAAGCAUUUCAUCAAGAAGCACCCGGAUUGUGUGGAAUUUGUGCAGUGUGUUAAAUGCUUUAAAUGUCUGAAAAAUUAUUCCGAACUCAGUUCACAUCAGUGCGAACUGGCUCAUGUUUGUUUUGAGUGCGUCCCGAUUCGCAAUCUUUGCACUGAAGUUCGACUAAAUAAUCAUCGAAAAAAAUUCCAUCGUGGGGCAAAUUCAGGAUUCAGAUGUAAUUUGUGUAAUUUGAAAUUCUUAACACCGAGGAAGCUGCGUAAACAUAAAAAAAUGUCGCACGUGUUCACGAAAACAUAUCAGUGUCAUUUUUGUGACGAAAUAUUCAUCAGUGAGGUUGCGGUGAUGACACAUGAACGAAUCCAUACUGGAAUAAUAAAGUUCGAAUGCAAAGUUUGUGAUUUCAAAUGCAAUCGAUUUGUUCAAAUGGAAUAUCACAACAAAGAAGAGCAUGGCUAUAUCUGCUCCAUCUGUCAUGAUCGUUUGUCCGAAUGGUCUGAUAUCAAGAAUCAUACGUUAAGUGAACAUGGUGGCUAUCUCACUACUGAAUCAAAUUCUGGGUACAUAGAGAGUCCACGAGUUUGGGUAAUGUUCAAAGGCGAGUGA